AUGGGGCUGCUCAGCGCCGCCUGCGCGGGUGCACCGAGCCUCCUCAACGCCGGGGCGCUCGCGUCGUCGGUGCUCCCCGCUGCAUUCCUCGGAAUGAAUCGGUUCCUGCACCGGCACUAUGCGACGGCGAAUGACCGGCGUUCCCAGAGCAUCUACGUCGUCGAGGCAACCCGGGGCCAGGGCGGGGGCGCGUCCCCGGUGCUGCUCGGUCUCUUCAACAUGCUCUCGCGGCAGGUCGAGACCGGGUUCUUCGGUACGGUCCCCGCGAAGCCGUACAACAACUCCAAAACCGGACUCCCGAGACACGUCGAGCUGAUCCAGUCCAGGUUCCAGCUGCAGGGCCCCGCCAAGGACAUGAUCGGGUGUCCGCUCGACGAGGCACAGACCCUGAUUGGGCUUGGCAAGAAGGACGAGCUGAUCGACCGGAUCGUGCACGGCUACUCCACCUACAAGGCUCGCAACGCGUUCGUCCUGCUGUACGGAGGGUCCCGGAUCUCGACGCUGGACUUCGACGCGCAGAUCGCGUCCGCGGUGCAGGCCCCCAUGCUGCUGCUCGUGCACGCUGUGGAGGGCGACAACUACAGGGACAUCCUGAACGAAAUCAUGCGUUGUCGCGCACGCAUCAAGGAGCAGAAGGCCAGCCUGAUGGGCGUCAUCGUCAACAAGGUGGAGAAGGCCUCGCUGGCGAGCAUGAACUCCACGCUGAAGCACGCCCUCGAGGACGAGGGCAUUCCCUUCUUCGGCUGCAUCCCGCUGUCGCCGACACUGAGGGAGCUUCGGGUGGACGAAGUGGUGCAAUCGACCGGUGCGGAGUGUCUCGCGGGCGAUCCCUCCGCGGACAUGGACAAGCAGGUGUCGCGCGUGGUGAUGGGGUGCGAGAACGUGUCGGAGCUCCUGGACGUCCUGCGCGUGUACGAGCUGCAGUCGCCCGGCCAGGGCUCCCCGAUCGUCCUGACCUCGGGCGACAGGUCCGACACGCUGCUGUCGCUGCUUGCCGCGCACAUCUCUCCCGCGGGGCCCCACAUCUCCGCGAUUCUGGCUGCCGGGCAUCACUCGGUUGACCCAGCCGUGACCAACAUCUUCCAAGGACUGGCGGAGCGAUCUCACCUGCCUCUCUUCCAGGCUUCCGCGCCGCUGCUCAAGGUCGCCGGCGACAUCGCGAGGAGCGAGGGUGCGAUUCUCCCGACCAGUACGCAGAAGACCACGGAGAGCAUCUUGACCUUCGACCGCUACAUUGACCAGGACGAGAUCUUCGCCAAGAUCAGCGAGCCCCCCAAGUCUGACUACGUCACCUCCAAGAUGUUCCAGUACAACCUGUUCUCCAAGUGCAAGGCCAACCUGCAGCGCAUCGUCCUGCCCGAGGCGAACGACGCCCGCGUGCUGCGCGCCGCGAGCCAGGUCAAGGCGCAGGGCCUCUGCGUCCCCGUCCUGCUGGGCAAGGAGCAAACGAUCAUCGCCAAGGCGAAGCAGCUUGCUAUCGACCUGGACGGCGUCGAGAUCAUCGAUCACGAGGCCAACAACGUGCUGCGCGAGCGGUACGUCGAGGCGCUGGUGGAGGCGCGCAAGCACAAGGGAAUGAACGCGGAGACCGCGAGGGACCUGCUGCGUUCGGUGAACACGUACGGCGUGAUGAUGGUCCGCGAGGGGGACGCGGACGGCAUGGUGUCGGGCGCGGCGCACACGACCGCGGACACUGUCAGGCCGGCGCUCCAGCUCCUGACGGCGAAGGGCACCGACGGGCUGCCGUCGCUGGUGUCGUCCAUCUUCUUCAUGCUCCUGCCGGACAAGGUCCUCGUCUACGGCGACUGCGCGGUCAACGUGAACCCCACCAGCGAGCAGCUCGCGCAGAUCGGCAUCUGCAGCGCCGACACCGCGAAGGCGUUCGGCAUCGACCCGCGGGUCGCGAUGCUCUCGUACGCCACGAUGGGGUCCAACUCGGGCCCGCAGGUGUCGAAGGUCAUCGAUGCCGUCGAGCUGAUCCACAAGCUGCGGCCCGACGUGCACGCGGAGGGGCCAUUCCAGUACGACGCGGCGGUCGAUCCGUCGAUCGCCGCCAUGAAGAUCAAGGGAGAGUCGAAGGUGGCGGGCCGGGCAACAGUCCUCACCUUCCCGGACCUCCAGUCCGGCAACAUCGGGUACAAGUCUGUCCAGCAGUCCAACCCCGAGGGUAUCAUCGCGAUGGGGCCCGUCCUACAGGGCCUAUCGAAGCCAGUGAACGAUCUUUCGCGCGGAUGCACGGUGCGGGACAUCAUCAACACAAUUUGCGUAACUGCUGUACAAGCCAUCGACGCCAAGGCGAGGGCAUAA